GUGUUGGAAGCCCUCCAGCGAGACGCUAUUCAAACAAAGGCUGAGCAAUGGCAAGAAGACAUCUAUGAAAAGCCUAUGGGAGAGCUUGAUAAAGUUGUAGAGAAACAGAAGGAAACUCACAGACGAAUGCUGGAGCAACUUCUAAUGGUAGAAAAGUCACACAGACAGACACUGUAUGAAUUAGAGGAAGAGAAGAGGAAGCACAGUGAAUACAUGGAGAAAAGUGAUGAGUUUAUAAGCUUACUGGAAAAAGAACGUGAAAGACUGAAAAAGCUUCUUGAACAAGAAACAGCGUAUCAAGAAAAAAAAGAGAAGGAAAACAACAAGAAAAUAUCUAAACUGAAAGAAGAAUUGACUAAACUGAAAUCCUUUGCUUUAAUGGUUGUGGAUGAACAACAAAGACUCACUGAGCAGUUGAAUCAACAAAGUCAAAAAAUUCAAGAGUUAACCACUUCUGCAGACCAAGCACAUGAGAAACUCGCUUUUGCUGAAGCAAAAGCUCAAGAGCAAGAACAGAAAGCCAGCAGGCUGGAGGCUGAACUUCAAGUCCAAAGCAGUAAGGUUUCCCAAGAUCAAGAAGCAAUGAUGGCCAAACUAACCAAUGAAGACAGUCAGAAUCGUCAGCUCCGGUUAAAAUUGAAUGCACUCAGCAGACAAAUUGAUGAGCUGGAAGAGACCAAUAAAUCUUUAAGAAAAGCAGAAGAUGAGCUGCAAGACCUAAGGGAUAAGAUAAAUAAGGGAGAAUAUGGGAACUCCACUCUUAUGUCUGAAGUGGAGGAAUUAAGGAAACGACUGCUGGAGAUGGAAGGAAAAGAUGAAGAGCUCAUAAAAAUGGAAGAUCAGUGCAGAGAACUUAAUAAAAAGUUAGAAAAAGAAGCAUCACAGAGCAAGAACCUUAAAGGAGAAGUUGACAAACUCAACAAAAGAAUUAUGGAGCUGGAGAAAUUAGAGGAUGCUUUCAACAAAAGCAAACAGGAAUGCUACUCUCUGAAAUGCAACCUAGAAAGAGAAAAAAUGGUUACAAAGCAGUUGUCCCUUGAGCUGGAAGGCUUAAAAGCUAGGGUUGGAGAGCUUGAAGCAAUUGAAAGCAAGUUAGAAAAAACCGAGUCCACACUUAAAGAAGAUUUAACAAAGCUGAAGACUCUAACAGUGAUGCUUGUGGAUGAAAGAAAAGCUAUGAGUGAAAAAAUAAAGCAAACAGAAGAAAAGCUGGAAGCUGCAACUUCUCAGCUCCAGGUGGAAAAAAAUAAAGUGACAUCCAUUACAGAAAAACUAAUUGAGGAAAGUAAAAAGGCACUGAAAUCAAAAUCUGAUGCAGAGGAAAAAGUGUCCAGCGUCACAAAAGAAAGAGAUGAACUGAAAAACAAACUCAAAGCAGAAGAGGAGAAAGGAAAUGAUCUUGCUUCCAAAGUAAAUAUUCUAAGAAAAAGACUUCAGUCACUGGAAGCUGUUGAAAAAGAAUUUCUUAAAAAUAAGCUUAAAGAGACUACUAAAUCCAGCACUUCCUUGCAGCAGGAGAACAACAAAAUCAAAGAGCUUUCUCAAGAAGUCGAGGGGCUUAAGCAGAAGCUGAAAGAAAUGAAGGCCAUAGAAGACGAUCUUAUGAAAACUGAAGAUGAAUUUGAGUCUCUAGAACGAAGAUACGUCAAUGAACGGGACAAAGCCAAGCUCCUGUCAGAGGAACUGGAGGCUGUGAAAAUGGAAGUUGCUAGGUAUAAACUAACAGAAAAGGCAGAGUCCAAUCAAGAGCAGCGUCUUUUUAAGAAGCUUAAAGAAGAAGAAGCUAAAUCAAGUCACCUUUCCAGAGAAGUAGAUGCACUGAAAGAGAAAAUUCAUGAAUACAUGGCAACAGAAGACCUAAUCUGUCACCUUCGAGGUGAUCAUACAGUCUUACAGAAGAAACUCACCCAACAGGAAAACAAGAACAGGGAGUUAGCAAGAGAAAUGGAAAGCCUCACAAAAGAGUUAGAGAGGUACAGACGUUUCAGUAAGAGCCUCAGACCUGGUGCUAAUGGAAGGCGGAUAUCUGACUUACAAGUUUUUUCUAAAGAAGUCCAGACAGAUCCAGCUGACAACGAACCACCCGAUUACAAAACCCUCAUGCCUUUAGAGCGAGCAGUCAUAAAUGGGCAGCUGUAUGAAGACAGUGAUUAUGAGGACAAGGACAGCAAUGAGGAGGAACAAUCAGUGGCUUUCAAAAGCAGCUCAUCCAUUGGGAAUGCCAUGCACAAGAAAUUAUGGAUCCCUUGGAUGAAGUCCAAAGAAAACCACCACAAAAAUGGAAAGAUUCAUACAAAGCAAAAUGGAAACUGUGCACAGGCUGGAGACUUAGUGCUAAGCCAUACACCUGGCCAACCUCUGCACAUAAAAGUAACUCCAGACCAUGGGCAGAACACAGCAACGCUCGAAAUUACAAGUCCUACUACAGAAAGUCCUCACUCCUAUACAAGUACAGCAGUUAUACCUAACUGCGGCACUCCCAAACAAAGAAUAACUAUUAUUCAAAAUGCCUCCUUCGCGCCUGUAAAGUCAAAAGCAUCAGAAGGUUACACGAGCCCAGAGCAAGCCAUUUCUCCCAUUACUAUGGCUGCUUUUGCAAGAUCUCAAACUCCUGACUCAUGUGGUUCCUUAACGCCUGAAAGAACAAUGUCCCCUUUGGCUUUGCCAGGUUCAAGUUCUCAGGAACAAAUGCUCUCCACAGAGCCGUUGGAAAUGGGAACCAAGCAUGCCGUUUUCAGAGUAUCCCCAGACAGGCAGUCGUCAUGGCAGUUUCAGAGAUCUAACAGCACGGGAUCAAGUGUAAUAACUACUGAGGAUAACAAAAUCCACAUUCACUUAGGAAGUCCUUACGUCCAAGCUCUCACCAGUACCAAGACCGUCAGCCCCUGUACCCCAGUGCAAGAUAACAGAACUCCAGCACUAGCUAAUGGAAUACCCAGUAAGCCCACCAAUAAAAUCACCAGCAGUAUUACUAUCACACCAACAGCCACUCCUCUCCCACGGCAAUCACAAAUUACAAUUACUGAUGCGUUUCGUCAAUCAAUUCCAACUCGGAUCCCCAAACCAAAGCCAACAAAUGCAACUAAAUUACCUGUCAGAAUUCCUGCUGGCCAUCUCAACAAGCCACUUCAAGACAGCAGUUCUGGAAAGCUACAUAUUAUAAGGACUGUGUCUAAAGCCUGCCUUCACAGUGGAGGGAGAAGCUAAAAGUUUAACUUAGCCACUGAGCCAGCACAACACAUUAGCACUCCUGCGGGACUAUUUUUGCAAACCCACAACAGAAAUCUAUGCCUCCCUCAACAGCCUCACAAGAAAAUCUCAAUGGGUAGUUAAAAAGUGAAGGUUUCAAAAGAUCAGCCUACCGAAACCUUACUUCAGCAUGUGCCUUACAAGACACAUUUUGGCAAAGAACAGAAAUUGAGAAAAGACUCUUCUACAUUAAAAAGAGAAGCACUCCAAUUUAAUUCACUAAAUCUACAGCUAACAAUAAAGUUCUGAAGCUCCAAGUGACACAUGCUCAGGUCCAAAUAAAGCUCACAGAAGCACCCCGUGAUAUGUUCUGCAAGAUGCGGAACAAGUGUGCAUGAUGCAAAGAAGCAAAACGAUUUCCAAAAGCAGCUGUCAGCCUGGCAUGCUCAUCAGACAGAUGUGAAAAGGAGCAUCAGCACAAAAACAGCUUUCAUCAGAAGGGACAGCAACUGAUGGAUGAGUCAAAGGAAAGAGACCAUACACAGGUCAGCUCGCCAACAGAUCCCUGCUCUGAUCACGCAACAAAACUCUUAAUAAUUGAGCUACAAUGAACAGUCCACUUCUCACUAGUUGCAAAGCCCACAAAACAAACUGAUGCCAUUUGGCACCCUUUAUUACCAGCCUACAAACAGAAAACAAAAACGUAUGGGCAAAAAAAUGAAUUCCCACAACAACAUCCUUUGCUUUAGAGCAUACAAACGGCCCCACAAGUACUGUCAGAUCAUCAUCUACAGUACAAUAUUAUACUUCAUACCUGUUUUUACUGCUGGCGUAAAAGAGUUUCCCUGUCUUUUGCUCUAACUUGGGAUGACACCAUUUAUUUCAACUUAUAAGGGACAUGAUCCACACAGCUUUUUAUUUAAGGAUAGAAAAGAACUGACAAGGACAGAUGCUACAGUCUUACGGGAUAAAGGAAGACAAGGAAAGCACAGAGAAAGAAAGACAAGGAGUGGUAACAGAAAAAGAGGUAACUGGAAGAAUUUCUGGAAAACAAAAGCCUGUCCACCCUCCCUCAACCUGCCCAGAGAUGCGGCACACCCAUAACAGGCAAGAGAGACAUUGUAAUGCUGUCAGAAGUGCUCUUUCUGUUUAUGGAGAGAAAAGGAAACAGCUGAUGUCUUACACCACCACUAAGCAAACUCCUCAGUAUUCCUUAAUCUCUCCUUCUAGUUCUGAGUACAACACAAAAAUGGUAUUCAGUACUGCACAUAGUUGUGGCAUGAACUGGUAAAACAGAAGGAAGGAAGCCCUGAAGUUAUAUGACUUGGGACACAUGUAACAGUAAGCAAAACUAAUAAAUAGCCAAAAAUCUCUAACCACCCUCUCCACAUCUCUGAAAGCAAAAAGUAUGCUGAAGAAGUUACUGAGCAAGAUACUUUAGUUUGUGUCAUGUGGCAAGGUAAAUAGAUGGCUAAUCCCUUCAUGCAAACAUUCAUGUCCCAAAAGUGAGAGUAAAUACAUUCAAUUUUUAAUACAGACUCUGAACUAAUGGUUUCUAAUGACAUGGUCAAAAUCAGAUUAGGAAUUACUCAUACAUCCAUCUAUUAGGAUAUGUGUUCUGUAUUUUCAUCUCCUUUUAGCGAGUCUGAACACUUAUCAUACACGACUCCUUAGAAGUAGUGUCUUCUGAGUACAAAUUGCUAAAAUGGAAGACACUUAUGAGGGCUGAGAUUUUAGGAUGAAUAUUUCAUUGGUCAGUUUUUAUUCUAGGGCUAGUUGUAAGGGACUUGGCACAAGGUAGGUAUUUAAAGAAUAUAUUUAAUUUUUUCCUGCUUUCUACCCAUCUUUGUGGCAGAGAUGCUUUUUAAAAUAGGUCAGCAAUUAAAGUCGGAUAGUUUUUUAAACAAACUAUGUGUUUCACAGAAAUAAACAUGAUCAAAUCUGUCAAAAGCUCUAGUGGGAAAUUAUAUUCUUGUAUUUUUGCUUACAGCGUACAUUGUAAACCUUGAUUUCCUAUUUCUUGCCACUUGAUCUUAAAGCACUUUAUAGUGUCCACAAGACGUGGUACAAAUUAACAACUGAUUUUACAUCUGCUGUACGUGAGGAGCAGCAACACAAAAUAAAAAAUAUAUGGACCUU